UGGUGACGGUUGAGAACUCAGGACAAUUCAUUUGUCAAUUGUUACAGGAAAUGGCUGAAGAGGCGACUUGCUUGAAAGAAAGAAAGGAUGAAAGGGCAACGUUGGAUUUAAAGAAUAUUAUGAAGGGUGUAAAUGAAUUAUAUAGACGUCGAGAAAAAAAUGGGUUUCCUCUCCAGCCUUCUCUCUCUCUCGCCUUGAGUUCAUCGAAACCUUCUCCCUGUCGGCCAUGGAUUCAUCCAUGCCCUCCCAUCCUUCUAAUGUUCCUUCUGAGGUCACGGCAUUACCCCAGGACACCAAUACCAAAUCGUACCUCUCGAAACUGGUGGGGCAUGUUCCAGGAGCCUAUGAAAACAUCUUCUCCCUGGAACGAGCUCUCGACGAUGAUGAUUCUGAUGACGAUGUUGCAGAGGAGAUGGACGAGCCUCCAGCAGGUCAACUUCGUGUCCUCCUAACCAGGGAAGAAAAACAACGCCUGCGGCAGCCCUGGCGAUCCUCCCUUAUAGUCAAGCUCUUUGGUAAAUCCUUUGAACUCCAAUAUUUUACUCAGAGGCUCAUAUCGCUGUGGAAUCCUUCUGGGAAUAUGGACUGUGUCGACCUGGGCUAUGGUUUCUUCCUUGUCACUUUUAACACUAGAGCAGAUUUUGCAAAGGUUAUCAGAGAUGGCCCUUGGUUUGUUGGUCGACAAUUCCUUACCAUGCGCCUAUGGGAGCCUUGUUUCCGCCCCUCGAAGGCUACCUUCUCUGCAGUUGCCAUUUGGGUCCGCCUUCCCGAGCUUCCUAUAGAAUUUUAUUCAGAGAAAUUACUCAGCAAGCUAGGCAAUCGGAUUGGCCCUCUGCUUCGCAUAGACAGUCGAACCUAUCUUGGUGUGCGAGGUAAAUAUGCUCGACUAUGUGUGCAGGUUGAUCUCACUAAACCUCUACCUACCACUAUCUGGAUUGGAGACUUUGAACAGCCCUUGCAAUAUGAGGGCAUAGACCAACUCUGCUUCCAUUGCGGGAUCAUUGGCCAUACCGCUACUAGGUGCCCAACCCUCGUACCUCCCCCAACAUCUCUACCGUCUACUUCACCCUCCUCCAGUUCCUCUGCGCAACAUGCCCUUGUGAAUGUUUCGCCGCCCACUUCGAAUGAAGAGCAGACUUAUGGACCCUGGCUCAUAGUCCAAAAUCGAAAGAGGAAAAAUCCAAUCUCUGUCUCUCGCAACCUUCGAACCCCAACAUCUCUACCGGCUGCUACUCGCGCUACUACGGCCGCUAGUAAUGCCGACACCCAAAAACAGAGAGCCCCGACGCCGAUAAUCGGGAAGCUGCCGCCACCUGUGAAAACCCGACCCAAUCAUCAUCGGAUGCCCCGCCAGCUUGCUGAUAAUGACAACAGAGGUAAGGACAAAACUGCAGCCUUAAUCACCACACCUGUCACUCAGGGAGAGGUUAAAAUCUUAUCAAAGGGAAUCUCCAUUUUGUCCGACCCCCGGGACCACCUGUCCUCCCCCGCAUCCUCAGGCCUGCCAGUCGGGCAGAUUCCUGACAACUCUCCAUACCCCAAGCAAUGUUCUGAUGAGGGGUACGUAGAGAUUUUGGUCACGUCCCUUCCCCCAUCAUCUGUCUCCCCGAAGCUCCCAAUUAUCCAUACUGAGAUUUCCACAAAGCCAGAUACCAACAUCCCUUCUCAUGGAAAGUCGAAGAAUCUCCACCCUGAGGAACAGGAGGCUCCCCUCCUCGACAAGCAGAAUGAACAAUUUCCCUACAUCCAGGAGGUUCUCCCCUACAGCCACCAGAAGGAACCAUGCCCCGGACAUGAGAGUAACCUCUCCACCGCGCUACUGGGAUCGUCUACUUCAGAACCCAAUGCAAGAAUGGUGGAUAACAAACUCAAAUCUCCCACUGAGAGUCGAAGAAGAUAUGAUCGCUUACAUCCCGGGGCAGGCCAACAGAGAAAGGCGACCACAGGGAAUUGCUCCGACCGAUGCCUGGAUGGGGAUUCGACGACUACACCCACGCGUAGCAGAAGUAGAUCCCCCCUGUCACAUCGAGGAGUACAUAUUGCAAGUGACUGCUCCCGCACACUGCUUUCUACACCGCAACGCACCGAGUCUUUGGAGACCCACCCUUCAGUCGGCAAUAAUGUCGGACAUAUGGACCCAGCAAGAGCAGUUAACUCCAACCAUCAAAAGAAUCAUCAAUAUUCCAGCCUUGACAGCAACAACAAACUCAGAGACGAAUUUAAUGAUGAUACUCCCAAGUUACCUUGUUCGCAAACUGGAAAUCUCGAUUGCAACAUGGCCGAUGCCACGAGGAGAGUUGGAAACUUCCCUCUAAGUGACUCCCAUCACUGACACUCCAUAUGCCUACCCCUAUACACCAGUGGAUACGGACAACGACCAAACGACAAACAUGACAGACCCUACUCGAUACCAUAUGAAUGUGCUGGUGUGGAAUUGCAGGGGAGCUGGAAACACCAACUUCAGGCGUUCGCUGAGGGAUCUAAUAAGCAACAACCACCCAGAUAUCGUGGUCCUGACAGAGACCCGUUUAUCGGGUGAUCGAGCUGCUCAAACAGCCUCCAUGUUCCCGUUUGACGGCUUCUUCUGCACAGAGACUACAGGACUCUUCGGCGGCAUCUGGAUUAUGUGGCGAACUGAUAGAGUACAUCUUCACAUCACAGGCUCUACAGAGCAAGAAGUCCAUGCAACAGCCCAGGACCCUAUGCCAGCAUUUUGAAGUCAUCAUCCCAAUGCAUACUUAUAGGGAAGCUAAUCGUUGCGCUGAUCAUCUCGCUAAUCUAGGAGUUGAAUCCUUGAAUACCUUUGUCAGUUUUAGUCAACCUCCUCUGUCUAUCAGGGAGCUUUUAUUUAGAGACUAUAUGGGGCUUUUGUCCCCAAGAUCUGUAAGCGUUAUGCACAUGGAUAAUUAAUUUCUAAUGCAUCUUCCUUUUUUACCAAGAAAAGAAUA